AUGGGCUCGCCAGCCGGUCAGAUCAUCACGCAGCACUGGCAGCAGCAGCUCUUCAAAUGCGAAACGGUUCGGUCGUCACGCUCACCCCAUUUCCGAGCGCGGGCCAAUGCUCUUGCGUCACGGACUGUCGCAAAGUCUGCUAUUCCCAUCACGAAUCCAAACAAGCCGGAGGAGCCUGUCGACGAUGAAAACCAUCCGUCGUCAACAGUCGCACCCAUAGCGGAGGCACCGAGACCAACGGCGGUCGCCCCACCACAAAACAAUUGGGGUUCGCUAGACAUGGGUGGCAUCGGUCUCAAGAAUUUGCCUCCAUCAUCAGGCCUAUUUUCAUUCACAUUCCUUAUUAAUUUGUACCUGAACCACAACGCUCUUGAGGUGGUACCACAACAGAUAUCUGCCCUACGGCACCUCGAAUUGCUCGACAUUUCAGGGAACAACCUCCAACAACUUCCUCCAGAGCUCGGUAUGCUCACUCAGCUCAAGGAACUCUAUUUCUUCGACAACCAAGUCACCACUAUCCCCCAUGAGCUAGGCACGUUGCACCAACUACAAACCCUCGGCAUUGAAGGGAACCCAAUAGAACCGCCACUGAAGGCCAUGGUCCAAAAAGAUGGCACUCACGCCCUCAUUUCCUACUUGCGCGAUUCGUGCCCCGUCUUUCCCCCUCCUCCAGAACGGCAGUGGAAGCACCUCGAUCCAUCGUCAACAGCCGGUACCAACAGUGAGACGCUCAGCGUUCUCUGCUACAAUAUUUUGUGCGAAAAGUAUGCGACCGAACGCCUGUAUGGUUACACACCAUCGUGGGCCCUCGGCUGGGAGUACAGAAAAGAGAUUAUUCUCUCCGAGGUCGUCUCCCACUCGGCCGACUUCCUAUGUCUCCAGGAGGUGGAUAUCGCGCAGUACGAAGAUUACUUUGUCAAGAACCUGCAGACGCGAGAUUACGAGGGUGUCUUCUGGCCAAAGUCUCGUGCAAAGACAAUGCCUGAAGCAGAUCGGCGGAUGGUGGACGGAUGCGCAACCUUCUACAAUGCAGCACGCUUCAAGCUCGUAGAGAAGAUCCUUGUCGAGUUCAGCGCCGUUGCAAUGCAGAGACAGGACUUUAAGAAGACAGAUGACAUGUUCAAUCGGGUUUUGGGCAAGGACCAUAUCGCCGUAAUUUGUCUCUUGGAGGACAAGCAGACAGGGACGCGGUAUGUGAUUGCGAAUGCACACAUACAUUGGGAUCCAGUGUACCGGGAUGUCAAGCUCGUACAGGUAGCGCUCUUGGUGGAAGAGAUCGAGAAGAUAGCGUCGUCAUUCACCCUGUAUCCCCCACCAGCAGGAAUGCCGGCCAAGUAUUCCGAAGGGACCAAAAUACCGUUGAUUAUCUGCGGUGAUUUCAAUUCAGUGCCAGAGAGCGGUGUUUAUGAGUUCCUGCAAAAUGGAGUGCUCAGUGCCGAUCACCAGGAUUUCAUGAAGCAUGUGUAUGGACGGUACACGGAGGAAGGGCUGAGGCAUCGAUUAGGACUAAAGAGCGCAUACGGCACAGGGCAAGGCGGAGAGAUCCUACCAAUGACGAACUACACGCCGAGCUUUAGGGGCGUCAUCGAUUACGUGUGGUAUUCGACAGCGACGCUUGCAGUGAAUGCAGUGCUGGGUGAGGUCGACAGGGAGUAUUUAGACAAGGUGGUGGGGUUCCCAAAUGCACACUUCCCAUCAGAUCACAUAUGUCUAAUGAGUGAGUUCAGAGUCAAGUCGGCCUCCAAAACGACGCCGACAAUACCUCCUACACCGUAG